CCUUCAACUUUCUCUCUAUAUAAACACCCAAACCACCUUAUCUUCUCCCCCCACGGAUAUCAUCUUCACAACAAAGCAUCUUUCACCAUUUUCACUGAUCCUUUUGCCAUUACAUAUUGCUCUUGCUGCAACAGCAAAUUCUCGUUGGGGAAAGAGGGGGGAGAUAAAGAAAGAGAAAGGACAAGAGAGGAAACAGAGAGGCACAACAUUUCUUUAAUUUCUAUGGAGACUGUUUCUAUACUUUUACUAAACGUUAUUCUCUUUCUCUCCACUCUUCUUUCAUAUCCAUUCCUAAGGAAGCAAAAGAGAGGACUUUUUCCUAUAAAAAUAUUUAAGCUUCCACCAGGUUCAAUGGGUUGGCCGUUUAUUGGAGAAACUCUUCAACUCUACUCUCAAGACCCGAAUAUCUUCUUUUUGACAAAGCAAACAAGGUCUCACCAUGAGAUCUAUGGAGAAAUAUUCAAAACCCACAUACUUGGUUGCCCUUGUGUCAUGCUGGCUAGCCCUGAAGCUGCAAGGUUUGUGCUGGUGACUCAUGCUCACUUGUUCAAGCCAACGUACCCCAAAAGCAAAGAGAAGCUGAUCGGCCCUUAUGCGCUGUUCUUUCACCAGGGUGAAUACCACACUCGACUAAGGAAGUUGGUUCAAAGCUCUCUAGCCCCUGAUACCAUCAGGAAGCUAAUUCCUAAUAUCGAAGACUUAGUUGUUUCAGCCCUGGAGUCAUGGGCUACCUCUGGACAUGUUAUAAACACCUUUUAUGAGAUGAAGAAGUUCUCUUUCGACAUCGGCAUUCUUUCCAUUUUUGGUCACUUAGAUAGAGGCUACAGAAAGAAGUUGGAAGAGAACUACCGGAUAGUAGAUAAAGGUUACAACUCUUUUCCUACAAACAUUCCAGGAACUGCAUAUCACAAAGCAUUCCUGGCGAGGAAAAGGCUAAAUCAGAUUCUGGUAGAAAUAAUUUGUGAGAGGAAGGAGAAAAGGCUGGUGGAGAAGGAUCUGUUGGGCCAUUUGUUGAACUUCAAGGAUGAAAAGGGGCAAACUUUGACCGACGAUCAAAUAGCUGAUAACAUCAUUGGAGUACUUUUUGCUGCCCAGGACACCACAGCCAGUUUUAUAACAUGGAUUCUUAAAUUCCUCCAUGAUGACCCUAAACUUCUAGCAGCUGUCAAGGCAGAGCAAAAGGCCAUAUACGAGUCCAACGAUGGAGGAAAGAAGCCCCUAACAUGGGCACAGACAAGGAGCAUGCCUCUUACAUAUAAGGUUGUACUAGAAAGCUUGAGGAUGGCAAGCAUCAUAUCUUUCACAUUCAGGGAAGCAGUAGAUGAUGUGGAAUAUAAGGGUUACCUAAUACCCAAGGGUUGGAAAGUGAUGCCAUUAUUCAGGAAUAUUCAUCACAAUCCAGAAUUCUUUUCUAAUCCUCAUGACUUCGAUCCAUCUAGAUUUGAGGUAGCUCCAAAACCCAAUACCUUCAUGCCAUUUGGCAAAGGCGUUCACGCUUGCCCCGGCAACGAGCUAGCCAAGCUGGAGGCUCUCAUUUUGAUCCACCAUCUAGUAACAAAAUUUAGGUGGGGGGUGGUGGGCUCUCAAAGUGGGAUUCAAUAUGGCCCAUUCCCAAUCCCUCAACAAGGACUCCCAGCCAGAUUUUGGAAAGAAUCCAGCAGACCUAUUCAAGAUGUGUGCCCUUAUGUUACAGAUUUGGGAAAGAGUCCAUCCAGCAUUACAGCAACCAAAACUUUGCUGCUCCCCUGACCAAACCCUACUAUUUUUCACCAUGGGGUUUCUUAAAUCAUAUCAGAUUUCACCUUGAUUUAGUAUAAUUAUUAGCUUCAUGUUAUUUUUGCAGCUAGUAAUUGUAGCUUUGCAUUAGAAUAUGUAUAUUAUUAAUUAUGAAUAAGAAAAAGUGUCUUAAUAAGAAAAAAUUCAUUUCCCCAACAACCCCAUCUAUAGAUGCAGGCCAUAGCUCUGUACUUAAUUGUUAUGAAAUGUAACUUCAUUUUAACCUCCAACACAAUAAAUAG